GAGGGAAUUGGAUGCAAUUUCGAAGCGCAGGAUCUCCAUCCCUGGGGGGUUUUGGGUUUUUUUUUAAAUAGCGCUGAAACUUUCUGGGGUGCCUGUGCAGCGCCUUGCGCAUCGCGGCAGAGCCGGGACCGCGGAGAACGAUGCCCCGGCGCGGGAAUGGCAGUAAUGAAGAUGCCCAGCGGGGAAACACCACCAAAAAUAUUGCAAAGGCCCCGAGUUGUGGCUUGGCUUUAUGCUGCACCCUUCGCCCUAAAAACCAGGCUCGCGCUCCGCCCGCCGGGGGGGUCCCAGCGAUGCCCCGCAGGAAGGCGACGGCGGCGCCCUGGGAGCCCGGCGCGGGCAACGGGACGGCGCCGCGGCAGCGGGGGGGCCCGGCGGCGGCGGGGGGGCGGCGGCGGCCUCGCCCGGAGCGCGGCGGCGGCAGCAGCGGCGGCAGCAGCGACGAGGAGGCGCCGCGGGAGCGGCGGCCCCGCGCCGGCAGCCCCGGGGGGGGCGGCGGGGGGGGGGCGGCUGGCAGGCGGCCCCCCCGCGCCGGCCCCCCCGGCCCCCCCGGCGGCCCCGCGCGCGGCCAGGCCGUGGUCAUCUGCGAGCCCGAGCACAGCAAGGAGCGUGUGAAACUGGAAGGCUCCAAGUGCCGGGGACAACUGCUCAUUUUCGGAGCCACCAACUGGGAUUUGAUCGGCCGGAAAGAAGUGCCUAAGCAGCAAGUCGCGUAUCGUAACCUGGGCCAAAACCUGUGGGGGCCGCACAGGUACGGGUGUCUCGCAGGGAUUCGGGUGCGGACGGUGGUGUCGGGCCCCUGCGCCGCUCACAGCCUGCUCAUCACCGCCGAGGGCAAGCUCUGGAGCUGGGGUCGCAACGAGAAGGGGCAGCUGGGCCACGGGGACAGCAAGCGCGUGGAGGCACCGCGGCUCGUCGAGGCGCUCGGCGGGGAGGCCGUCGUGCUGGCUGCCUGCGGCCGCAAUCACACGCUGGCUCUCACGGAGAGCGGCUCCGUCUUCGCCUUCGGGGAGAACAAGAUGGGGCAGCUCGGCCUCGGCAACCAGACGGACGCCGUGCCCAGCCCCACGCAGAUCAUGUACAACGGGCAGCCCAUCACCAAGCUGGCGUGCGGCGCCGAGUUCAGCAUGAUCAUGGACUGCAAGGGCAACCUCUACUCCUUCGGCUGCCCCGAAUACGGCCAGCUGGGCCACAACUCGGACGGCAAGUUCAUCGCCCGGGCGCAGCGCAUCGAGUACGACUGCGAGCUGCUGCCGCGCCGCGUGGCCAUCUUCGUCGAGAAGACCAAGGACGGCCAGGUCCUGCCCGUGCCCAACGUGGUGGUGCGCGACGUGGCCUGCGGCGCCAACCACACGCUGGUGCUGGACUCCCAGAGACGCGUCUUCUCCUGGGGCUUCGGCGGCUACGGCCGCCUGGGCCACGCCGAGCAGAAGGACGAGAUGGUGCCGCGCCUGGUGAAGCUCUUCGACCUCCCGGGCCGCGGCGCGGCGCAGGUCUACGCCGGCUACACGUGCUCCUUCGCCGUCAGCGAGACAGGUGGCCUCUUUUUUUGGGGAGCCACCAACACCUCCCGCGAGUCCACCAUGUACCCCAAAGCGGUGCAGGAUCUGUGCGGCUGGAAGAUCCGCAGCUUGGCCUGCGGGAAAAGCAGCAUCCUCGUGGCGGCCGACGAGAGCACCAUCAGCUGGGGGCCGUCGCCGACCUUCGGGGAGCUGGGCUACGGCGACCACAAGCCCAAGUCGUCCACGGCCGCCCAGGAGGUGAAGACCUUGGACGGGAUCUACACGGAGCAGGUGGCCAUGGGCUACGCGCACUCGCUGGUGAUCGCCCGCGACGAGAGCGAAGGGGAGAAGGAGAGGCUGAAGAAGCUGCCCGAGUACAACCCGCGCACGCUGUGAGGCCCCCCCCCCCCCGCCGGCGCCCCCCCCCCCCCCCCCGGCCCCGGCUCGCCUCCCGCUUUCCAAAGCCUUGGCUCCUUCGGCACGUCGAAGACCUCUCCGGAGCGGGGCCUUUGGGCAGAUGCAGGCUUUUAUUUUUUGGCUUUUUUUAAAAAAAAUUUUGCAAUUUGUGGGGGGGGG